AUGAAAAAAUGGGAUAAUAUGGAUAGAGCUUGUGAUUCAUGUCGCUUAAAGAAACUGAAAUGCUCAAAGACCAGACCAAAAUGUGCUAAGUGCUUGAAAAAUGGAUGGGAGUGCUGUUAUUCACCUAAAACCAGAAGAUCCCCACUAACAAGAGUACAUCUCACUGAAGUAGAAUCACGUUUGGACGGAUUAGAACAGUUAUUUUACGAACUAUUUCCAGGGGUUGAUUUGGAGAAAAACCUAAAGGGUGGUGGAGCGACGAAGAAGCUUAAAGAGUUAUCGCAAAGGAUCACUUUAGUUAACGAAGAUGGGGAGGAACUUUUCAAUGAAUUUGAAGCUUCAACUGUCAUACCAUAUUUUGAUUCAUCAGCACAAGAGCAAAAAUGGAUUAUGGACAGCAAUAGCGGAGGUAAAAGUAUACCACCUGAUAGUUUACCUAAAGAUCCACUAUUAGGAUUCGAUUGGAAUGAAAGGAAAAACACUCUAACUGGAAAUGAUGGGGCAGGAUUUUUAAAUACAGAGGCCAACAAUAGAGGCUACUACGGUCAAGGGUCUUCCAGCGCAAGUUUGAAAUCUGUGGGAUUCGAUAUGACACUUUUUUCCUCACAAUCUCCCAGUUAUUCUCCUGCAUCGAUUUCUGAUCCUUCUCUUCUAGGCUCUACUCAUGCUAUUGCAAAAUUCAUCGAAAGCUAUUUUAUCAAUUUUCAUCCUUAUUGUCCUUUGGUGAAUCACGAUAGGUUUAUGAGGCAACACAAUGCAUCCCCAGAUCAAAUGGAACCACGGCUAUUCAAUCAGUGGCAGGUACUUUUCAAUAUUGUCCUCGCUAUUGGUGCAUGGGGAAUUGCAGGCGAAUCCACUGAUAUUGAUCUGUUUUACUACAAUAAUGCAAAAUCACAUCUCUCUCGAAUAGCAUUUGAAGUAGGUUCACUUCGAUUAGUCAUAUCCUUUUAUCUGCUCUCUAGGUACACUGAAUGGAGACAGAAACCAAAUAGUAGCUAUGCGUAUCAUGGGCAAGCCUUAAGGAUGGCGAUAUCACUAGGUCUUCACAAGGAGUUAUCUCCCACUGUCAACAAUACAGGAGUUAAGGAACAACGACGUAGAAUAUGGUGUUGCCUAUACUUACAAGAAUAUCACCUUGCAUUGGUACAGGGGAGGCCAUUGUCAUAUCUGUUUUCCAGAGAUGAGAUGAGUAUAUCGUAUCCAUCGUCUAUGAAUGACAACGAACAUUGGACCACAGAACCAUCGAUAUAUCUCGGUUGUGUUGGAAGAGCAAGAAUGCUUGACCAAUUCAGCAAACUGUGGUAUGGCAAGAACAAACAAUCAAGAAACGCAAUCAACUGUUUGAAACUUUGCGAUUCGCUGGAGACUACUUUCAAAGAGAUGCCCAAAUUCAUGCAAGCAGAUAUUUCAUCACUAGUGCUCUCAAGUUUUUUACAAGAAUAUCCUUGGCUGUCAUAUAUGCGGUACUCAUUGAGUUGGCAACACCUCUGGCUGAGGAUCUACGCCUUGAGGGAGCUUUCGGUAAACUCUGAAGCAAAUUCAGAGGGAGAGAAUAACAACACAACCUAUCAAAGAUGUCGCAUCCUGUUGGUCGAUGCUGCCCAAAAGACCAUAGCCAGCAUAACAAACUUCAUCAACAACAACUCGUUGACGCCAUUUUUCGCAUGGAACUGCACAUUUUAUUUAUUCAAUGCCGCCUUGGUACCAUUGACCAGUCUAAUCACCCAGCCUUCCUCCAACGAGAGACACAGAUGGAUCUUCCAGCUGAAAAGUGUUGUCAAGGCCUUGGAAAUUUUGAGCACCUACAAAAUAUCGUCUUGCAAGAGAUACAUUCAGACGAUAGAUCAGCUUUGCGGAUCCAUGCUACUAGUAAGUCCCGAUGACAUGUCACAGACCAGCGAACUAAUCGAUACGCCGUUGUCGGACCGAAGUGCAACGACAGGUUUUUAG